AUAUAUUCGGUGCUCUUGCAUAUAUAUAUAUAUAUAUAUAAAGAGUAUAAUUUUAUGUAAAAAAUUCUGUAUCUUAUAUUAGGUUUAUUAAUUUUUUUGCUCUCUUAUAUUUCUUCUCUUCCUUGAAUAUCUUCCCGAUAGUCUCAUUUAAAAGUAGAUUAAAAUACUAAAACUAUAUAAUAUAAUUCAUGAUAAUGCAAUGAAAUAUCUUAGCUACUGUAUAUAUCGUAAUAUUCUUUGCACCGCAUUAAUCUAAUUAAAUCCUAUUCCUUUCACAAAGAGAUAACAAUAUGUCCCAUAUUAUAAACUAUGAUCUUCAUAAUAAUUUAAGAGAAUAUCAAAAGUGUAUAUACAUUAAGGUAUAUAUAUAUAUAUAUAUAUAUAUAUAUAUAUAUAUAUAUAUAUACACGUAUCGUUGAAAUUAAUUACUGAAAUACAGUAGGACACGAUUAUACAAUGUUAUCGUAUACAAAUGAUAUAUACGUAAAUGUAGAUAUAUUGCCAAUCUUCGUCAAUAUAAAACAAUCUAUCAUUCCUAUCGGAUUUAAUUAAUUACCUGUAAAUUUUAUUGAUACUGAAUUUUAACAUUCCUUCGAGGGAAUUUCCGAGUUUCAAUCGACCGAUUAAAUUCAACGAGUCACAAUUGUGUUUCUUGUUUUAUUUUUUUUUUUUUUUCUUUAUCCUCGCAUGUAUUAUAUGUAAAGAUCAUUAUAGAAUUAGAGAAAUAUAUUUUAAAUAUGAGGAUCGUCGAAUUAGUUCAAGGUUCGAAAUGAUCAUGAAAUUGCCAAUGAAUAUCAAGAUCAAGAAUUAAGAUAAGUAAGAGGGACUGAUGUGGUGGAGUGAGGAAGGAGAGGAGGAAGAGGAAGAAGGAAUAGAAUAAUGUAAAGUUAAAAGAUGGAGAGGCUGGGAUAGGGUUGAAUAAAUAAAAUAAUCUAUUCUGAUCUCUCUGAAUAACUACCAACACAUAUGAGAAAAUCGAUAAUCAAAGUUAUCUACGCGAAUACUUUUGUACAAUAUGUAUAUCCUAUUUUGCAACAGUCGAAUGACACACCGAAGAUAAAGUUGUGCACGUACAAGUUGGUAAAGAAGCGGUAAGGGGGAGGAGGUAAGAGGGACUCGUAAUCAGCUAAGUCUAUCAUAAAUGCCGGAGUCGCUGCAAAAGAAGCAGUUUAGCGUAGGUAGCCGCUUUGGUUGUCUUAUUAUUCAAUGCCGGUGUCAUCAUCCGUAGUGUAAGAUUAAAAAAGUAGACAACUAAGUGUGUGUUAGAUCGAUAACGUGUUUCUUAAGGAUUUAUAACUUAUAUACAUUAUUACGAGAGUUAUGAGAUUCUUCGUACUUUCUACCGUCAUAUUAGUCGGUUAUUUAUCCACGUGCUUGCAGUUAGUGCAAGCGCAUCGUAACGAUAAUGCUGAACUGGUGAUCAAGGAAAUCGAGGAAAGUCAGAAGAAUUGUACGCCUCGAUCGAUCAAUGACUUCCCAGAGGACAUCUUUACGCCAAAACAACGUGAAAAGGGGGCGGCUCUGUUACACGCAUUCUUUGGCUUUUAUUGCUUUUUAUUGACCGCUUUUGUCUGCAACGAUUAUCUCUUACCAGCACUCGAUUGCAUCUGUUCCGGAUUGAAUAUCUCAGCUGAUGUUGCUGGUGCCACAUUUCUUGCUACCGCCAGCUGUUUUCCAGAAUUAUUUGUCAGUAUCGUUGGUACCUUCUUAACUGAAUCUGACCUUGGAGUUGGUACCGUAGUUGGUAGUGCGGUAUUUAAUACUUUUGCUACUACAGCCUGCGGAGCACUUUCAGCUAUAAAAGGUAUACAGCUAGAAUGGCAAAUACUGUCGCGCGAUUGCAUAAUCUACGUGAUAUCCGUUGGUUCGUUGGUAUUGGUUAUGUGGGACGGCCUGAUCACCUGGUACGAAGCAACGAUCUUCAUGAUAUUGUUCGUUGGUUAUUUGGUCCUUCUGUUCUGCGGCGAAGGGAUCACACGUUGGUAUAAGAAGAUCAAACAUCUUUGUUGGAACGGUACCGAGUUUUCGGAAGAAAGUGUGACUUCGAAGCCGACGACCGAUCCUAUGUUGCACGGUAUGUACAAGCCAUACGUUCACGGUGAACUAAUUGCCGAAUAUAGGAAAAAGAGUAUCACGAAGAUGGCCGAAAUUAAGUCGACCAAUAAGAAUUUCGAAGAAUCACCGGAGAAUAAAGAGGAAUUGGUCGAUUAUGUCGAACCCGAUACGCCGUUCGUUUUACCAAAGUGUAAUUUGGUAAUGAAGUUAUGGUUUUACUUUACCUGGCCUUUAAAGAUCUUACUAUUUGUCACCGUACCAGACACCAGAUACAAAAGAUUUCGUUCGUGGUAUCUUUUAACUUUUUUCAUUUGUACCAUGUGGAUCGUAGUGUCAUCUUACAUGGUAUCUUGGAUGAUGACAGUCGUCGGAGACACCAUGGGAAUCCCUGAUUCCGUUAUGGGAAUAACGUUUCUAUCGGCUGGUGGUAACAUGCCCGAACUUGUCUCGAUCGUUAUUCUUUCCAAACAAGGUAACGGUGACAUGGCUAUGAGCAAUACGUUGGGUGCUAAUACUCUUGAUAUUCUUCUGUGUUUGGGUCUACCAUGGCUGAUAAAAACUUUAAUGUCGGGCAAAGACGUCGAAAUUGUAUCCGGUGCUCUCUCUUAUAGUGUUCUAUCUAUAAUCAUUUGCGUUAUAUGCUUCUACUCGAUCACAGCUUUUUAUAGUUUUAAGCUGAACAAAAAGGUUGGCGGUGUUUGUCUCGUAAUGUAUGCAAUAUUUCUUAUAUUCGCGAUAUCGGUUGAAUUGAACGUAUUCUUUCACGUUAAUUGGCCAAUGUGCGAUCGAUAGUCAAAGAUCGAGUUUAUCGACGAUUGUCGUUAUGUUCUCGAAUAUGUUGUGAUACAGAAAUACACACGAAGUCGAAGUGAAAGUGAGAAAGUGAGAAAGAGAAAAAGAGAGAGAGAAAGAGAGAGAGAGAGAGAGAGAGAGAGAGAAAGAGAGAGAAAAGCAACAAGAUAAUUAUUUAUAUGUAUAAUGUGUAUGUGUGUGUGCAUUUGAUUGAAAUGAAUGAUAACAAAUAAUACUCAUGUCGGGUAAACUUGAAAGGGUGCAACUAAAUUUGUAGAUUUUUUUAAAUCGAAAUAAUAUAAUUUGAAUUUAAAAGAAACGGGAGGAACAAAUAAGAAACUAAAGAGAAAUUUAAAAAAAAAAAAAAAAGAAGAAAUAAAAGAAAAAAGAGAAAGGCAUCGCAUGUACGAUCGCAAGAUUUAAAUCGAAUUUUUCUUUGCAUUGCGAACAAUAUUAAUAAUACGUUUAAAAAAAACUUUUAAUCGACAAGCUCGAAAUAUAAUAUCGAAACUGAAUGUAUCGUGACUAACAUGGUCUAAAUGGGUUUUCUUUUUUUUUUUUUUUUUUUUUUUUUAUUUAAAAGAAAUCGUUUGAUCUUCGUUCGUUCUUUUUUUCCAACAAAACGAUAAAAAAUUUUUCUCUGUAUCUAUCGAUCUUCGUCCAUGAUGAACAGAUAUAUCUAAAAUUUAUAAAUAUCUAAAUUGUAAUUUUUUUAUUGUUAAUAUUAGUUUCUUUAAUAUUUUAAGUUUUAGAUUUAACAAAUAAAUAAAUAAAUAUAUACAAAAUAUAAAAGAGAAAAAGAA